CUGUGGGGCCCAGGAGAUUGAGGACGUCUCCAGGGCCCCGAGCUGGCAGGUGAGGACAGGCAAGUGCUUUGCUAAACAAAUCCUCCGCCCCUCCCCGCCCCGACUCCCCGUAUCUGGGGCCCCGGUCAGUCUGCCCACUUGCUGUCCCUGCUGGAAGCUGCCACCUGCCAUGCCAAGCCUGGCUCUCCUGGGCCUCGCGGCUGUCCUGGGCGUCAGGGCAGGGGCCCCGCUGUGCCUGUCCCGGCAGCUCAGCCGGCCAGGGGACUACGUGCUGGGGGGCUCUUCCCCCCUGGGCUCAGCUGAGGAUGCUCUCGUCCCUGGGCUGCUCUGGGCGCUGGCCACGACGAUGGCCGUGGAGGAGAUCAACAGCGGAUCCACCCUGAUCCCCGGGCUGCGCCUGGGUUACAACCUCCUCGACACGUGCUGGGAGCCCAUGGUCGCCGUGAAGCCCGGCUUGGUGUUCAUGGCCAAGGCCGGCAGCCGCAGCGUCGCUGCCUACUGCGAUUAUAUGCAGUACCAGCCCCACGUGCUGGCCGUCAUCGGGCCCCACUUGUCCGAGGUCGCCCUGGUCACCGGCAAGUUCUUCAGCUUCUUCCUCAUGCCCCACGUCAGCUACGGCGCCAGCACAGACCGGCUGAGCAGCCGCAAGACGUUCCCGUCCUUCUUCCUCACGGUGCUCAGCGACCGCGUGCAGGCGGCAGCCGGGGUGGAGCUGCUGCGGGAGCUGCACUGGAACUGGGUGGCCGCCGUGGGCAGCGACGACGAGUGCAGCCGGCAGGACCUGAGCCUCUUCUCCGGCCUGGCCGACGCCAAGAGCACCUGCAUCGCGCACGAGGGCCAGGUGCCGCUGCCCCGAGCCGGCAGCCCGCGGCUGGGCUCCGUGCAGGGCCUGCGGCGCCGGGUGGACCGGAGCAGCGUGCAGGGUGUGGUGUUCUCCUCUGCCUGCGCCGCCCACACCCUCUUCAGCUACAGCAUCCGCUAUAGGCUCUCGCCCAAGGUGUGGGUGGCCAGCGAGGCCUGGCUGCCCUCAAACCUGGUCAUGACGCUGCCCGGCAUGGACCGGGUGGGCACGGUGCUCGGCGUCCCGCGUCAGGGCGCCCAGAUGCCCGAGUUCCCGUCCUACGUGCGGACGCGCCUGGCCCUGGCCACCGCCCCCGCCUGCGCCUCGCCGGACGCAGGGCAGCCAGACCUGGAGGAGCACGUGGUGGGGCCGCGCUGCCCCCAGUGUGACCGCAUCACCCUGGAGAACGUGACCGACGGGCUGCUGCACCGCCAGACCUUCGCGGCCUUCGCAGCCGUGUACGGCGUGGCCCAGGCGCUCCACAACACGCUGCUCUGCGACACCUCGGGCUACCCUGCGAGGGAGCCUGUGCGGCCCUGGCAGCUCCCGGAGAACACGCACCACCUGAGCCUGCGGUUUGACACCAACGGGAAGUGGGCACGGCGGGACCGGACGCCCACCCUGCGCACCGUGGGCACCUUCGACGGCAGCCUGCAGCUCUGGCACUCCCAGAUGAGCUGGCACACGCGGGAACCAGAUGAGCGCCAGCCCUGCCUGAGGGAGCCCCAGUGCUCGCGGCAGUGCGAGGAGGGCCAGGUGCGCCGUGUGACGGGCUUCCACUCCUGCUGUUACGACGGCGCCCACUGCAAGGCUGGCAGCUACCAGCGCCACCCAGACGACGCCCUCUGCAGCAAGUGUGACCAGGACCACGGGUCCCCGGACUGGAGCACCGGUGCCUCCCCCGCUGGCCCAAGUUCCUGGGGUGCUUCUGCUCUGGGCCUGGCUCUGGGCCUGGUGCUGGCAGCCCUGGGAGUCUUCAAAUGGCGCCGGCACAGCCUGGUUCGGGCCUCGGGGGGGCCGCAGGCCUUCUGCCUGGGCCUCGUCUGCCUCAGCGUCCUCCUGUUUCCUGGCCGGCCCAGCCCUGCCAGCUGCCUGGCCCAGCCGCCGCUGCACCACCUCCCGCUCACCGGCUGCCGGAGGAGCACACCCUUCCUGCAGGCGGCUGAGAUCUUUGUGGGGUCAGAACUGCCGCCGAGCUGGGCAGACCAGCUCUGCAGCCGCCUGUGGGGCGCUGGCUGGUACUUCCCACCGGAGGCGGUGACAGGCUGGCAAGUGCCGCCCACGGAGGCGCUGGUGCACUGCCACGUGAACUCCUGGGUCAGCUUCGGCCUGGUGCACGCCACCAACGCCACGCUGGCUUUCCUCUGCUUCCUGGGCACCUUCCUGGUAAAGAGCCAGCCCGGGGGCUACAACGGCGCCCGCAGCCUGACCUUUGCCAUGCUGGCCUACUUCAUCACCUGGGUCUUCUUCGUCCCCCUCUUUGCCAACGUGCAUGUGGUCUCCCAGCCCGCCGUGCAGAUGGGCGCCAUCCUCUUCUGUGUGCUGGGCAUCCUGGGCACCUUCCACCUGCCUAAGUGCUACCUGCUGCUGUGGCGGCCGGACCUCAACACCUGAGUUCUUCCUGGGAGGGGGUCCUGGCGAUGCCAGAGGGCGAGGCGGCAGUGGGGGCGGGGAGGAGACUCAGGGAAAAAACAAGCGACCCCUGACCCAGUGACCUCACCCCAGUGA